AUGCAACCCGCUCCAUCGACUCCCUCAUCGGUCGAUGGUUAUGAUUCAUUUGAGAAUACGAACAAUAAGAAGAAACGAAAGAUCCCCUCAGCCGGCGAUUCGGUACUCAACUCGGCUCACGGGCUUAAUAUCGAUAUGAGCUCACAUCCGACAUCUGCUGGCGCAGGCUCUCCCUCUGGUGAAGUCAAUGGUGAUCAUUCGCUUUACAGUUCGGCGGGGUAUACCACGACAGGAAGCUUCGGUUCAAAUGGCCAGGGUAUGUCAGGGUCUGGGAGAGGCAGGCUUGGCAGGUCAAGGAAUUGCAGGAGUCCUUUACGAGCCCUCUCUGAUGGCAACAACUUGUCAGCUUCCCGCACCUCGAAAAGCGCAUCGCAAUGGUCUUCUGGUAUGUGCAAAUUUCAUUUCUCUUUGUCCUCUUCUGUUUUCUCGCCUUCGAAUCGUAUCCUGGUUCUCUCUAGUAUGUCUUUGUAAUUUUUACAAAAAGACGAGUGGUGGGUGACUCAACCUCUGCUCCGCAGCAAGUGAGUUUCGCUCAACCAACUCAAUGUCUGAACAUCUGCCCCCUAAAACGCACCUGACUCUUGGUUGCUGGUUGUAGCUUCCUCAACUCGGCCAUGUUUUCGGUUUUGACUUUGGCUGAUUUGUCCUGUUUUCCUUCUUUUCUUCGCCCUCUUGGUGGAUUCUCCGAAAUCGUUUAUUACCUACUCGCUCUUCACAUUUCUACCCCUGAGAAUCAAACCAUCUCCUCCUUCUCAAAGCCUGAAUUUUAUGCUUAGGAACAUGAUGAUGGACGACUAACAGCAUUAAUAGAGCACGAAGGAUCCAGCGGUAUUAUUAGAAACGCGAUAGCCAAUGCGGGAAAAUUACCUCCCCAGGGAGAAGAGAACGUGAGCCUCUUGCAACAGCACUCUGCUAAGAGCAAAGGCACACCCUCCUCAUCCCAGUUCACUUUCACCUGCGACUCGCAAGUCACCGGCACAUUGCAUUGGCCCGGUCGGUACCAUCAUCCAGAAUUUAAUGCGUCUUGUUACUAACUUGUCGCAGCCAACUCGUCCAGGCAUAACAUGGGCCAACAGUCAAGCUUCAUAAACGGAGCUCCAGCAGCUCACCAUGAGGACCUUACCAAGGCCGCCAAUCGCGAACGAAGAAAGACUCGCCGGCAAAUUGAAAAAGAACUAGUCAGAGCAGCAGAGGAUCGUCGGCAGGCAGCUGCUAGACGAUAUUAUCAGAACCCCCCCAAACCAGAAGACUUUUGGAUUUGCGAGUUUUGUGAAUAUGAAGCUAUUUUUGGAGAGCCUCCGCGGGCCCUCAUUCGGCAAUACGAGCUCAAAGACUACAAGAAGAGGCAAGAAGAAGCCGACAGGAAACGGCUCCUGGAGAAGGCGAAACAAAAAGGCCGAAAGGGCAAAAAGAAUGGGAAACCAUCUUCUAGGGGAAGCAUGGCAAAUCAACAUGAUUCAGCUGGCACAUAUGAAACAAACGUGCCUCCACGCAAUCAAUCUGGCAAUAGCCAGUCAACGCAGUCAGAGGACGAUGAGGACGAACAAACCGCCGAGUCAGAGCAGACAUACCACACCCCUCAGCCAAGUAGGAGGCCAGGAAAUGAAGAAGAUCGAGGAGGAGGCCCGAGUCGGAGAAGAGGACAAAGCGUUGACAGUGGGGGGGCCGGCAUACCUCGGGCUCCGACAAUUGAACUUGCAGUACCAUAG